GUACACCCUAAACUGGUUGCCGGCCACUCGCAGGGCACAUGGAGACAAACAGUGGCACUCACAAUCACACCUACGGGCAAUUUAGAGUGUCCAAUUAAUGUUGCACGUUUUUGGCAUGUGGGAGGAAACCGGACUGCCCGGAGAAAACCCUCGCAAUCACACCUAGGGUCAAUUUACUUCCAUCAACCCCUGUCGAUGUCACACCCCCAAGAGCCAUACACCACAUCGUCAUCGGUCGAUCGGUGCGCUAACUUUCAUAUUCAGGUGGGGAGCGUUGGAGGACGCUUUUUUCCUCCACGUGUUUGUUUCAUUUCGGGUUGUGAGAAUCUCUGUCACCCAAAUACAGCUUGGAGAUGAUGAACGGUUUAUUCGAAGCUUUAAGUUCCAGAAUAUUCCGGGCAACGGCUGUAACGCAACUUUUAUCUUGUCUUUAAUGUCGGACCACGGACGGUAUCUAAUCUAUUGCGCAACAUCGGGUCCUUCUACUGGACAAAGAGUUUCUGUCUCAACCGGUUCCAGCUGGAAAUGCAUUACUGCAAGGUUUCCGGUUUACAGUCCAGCAGGGUUAGCUCACGGGUCUAACGUGCCGAGGCGCGCGAGAACGUUCGAGGACACAUCUGGCCAUGGAAGAGACCCCCACUGAGGACGUGAGGGGAACGAUGCAGUCAUGACUAAAUAUGGGCAGGAGACACCAAUAGCACGCGGACCUCCGAUUUGAAUUUUGUUUUUGAUUGAGUCUGAUUGUGUAUUUUUCAACCGAUACAGCAGAUUCUUCGACUUGGCCUUAACAGGCGCAUCUCUGCAAUGACGGCGGCUACUCAAAGGGAUUAAAGCGAACAUGAAGCCCGGAAAUGUUUUGAAACACGGCCUCAUCGUCCUCUCCCUGUUUGGGCUCCUCUUCCUGCUGCACAAUAUCACCAAUAAGGAGAACUGGAAGUACAAACUCCAGGACCCGGUCCAGUCCGUCACCUGCACGAGGUUCCCGACGUGUCACCGCAAUCGCACCUUCUGUUCGCAUCUGGGUCAGCCGGCGUCACCGGAAGAGGAGCUGGAGGAGCGGGACAUUUUGGACUCCAUCGCCUGGCCUCAGCCACCGCCUCGGGCGGCGUCGCCCGCGCUGUGUCAGACGAGUGACCCGGCCCGCAGCCUGUUUACGGUCGUCUCCCCAAUAAAAGGACGACGUUGGUACGUGGGCGACCAGCUGGAAGUGCUGGUCCACCUGCACGACUUCGACGGCCGACCCAAGCGCUACGGCGGCGACUUCCUGUUGGCCCGGUUGCACUCCCCGGAAUACCAGGCGGGCGUGGCCGGGCAAGUGCUGGACCACGAGAACGGACUUUACUCCGCCCGUUUCCCGCUGCUGUGGGAGGGCUCGGCCCGGGUCGAGGUCACGAUGGUGCACUCGAGCGAGGCCGUCGCCGUGCUGCGCCGGCUGAGGGAGAAGCGGCCCGAUCGGGUCUACUUCGUCAGCCUCUUUCGUCUUGGCCUUCGUUCUGAGACGACUGUGUGCAACAUGUGCCUGCCGCAAGACCAGGGACCGCUGUGCAACUACACGGACCCUUACUCCGGUGAGCCCUGGUACUGCUACAAGCCCAAAGCGCUCAGCUGCGACGCCAGGAUCAACCACGCCAAGGGAGGCUACCUCAAAAACCUCAUCACCAAUAAGGAAGCUUUGCUAUUUCAGAGCGACGUGAACGUCAAAGUUCCCAUCCACGCUUCUGCGACGGACACCAUCAACGUGUUGCCCUCCAGAAAAGAAAGCGGCGGUCCAAAAACGGAUCUCGUCAAGAUGGCGACGUCCGGGUACUACUACCGGGACUCGUGGAGGCCGUUGGGUGGCAUUCCCAUGCGGCGGUUUGACGGCGCGGCCGCCAUCUCGAAAUGUUUAACCAACAAGGCGGUCUACAUGUACGGCGACUCCACCGUGCGCCAGUGGUUCGAGUAUCUCCUCAGCGUACUUCCAGACAUGAAGGAAUUCGACCUGCGCAGUCCCAAAAUGGUGGGGCCCUUAAUGGCGGUGGACAGCACCCGCAACAUUCUGCUGAAGUACCGCUGCCACGGGCCACCCAUCCGCUUCUCCACCGUCACGGCCAGCGAGUUGCGCUACAUCGCCAACGAGCUGGACAGCCUGACCGGCGGUCCCAACACGGUGGUGGCGCUCAGCAUCUGGUCUCACUUCAGCACCUUCCCCGUGGAGGUCUACGUACGCCGGCUGCGGCACAUCCGCAGGGCGGUGGCGCGUCUCCUGGAGCGGGCGCCGGGGACGGCGGUGGCGGUGCGCACGGCCAACCCCCAGGACCUGAAAGGCGACGUCAGCCUGUACAACAGCGACUGGUUCUCGCUGCAGCUGGACGCGGCGCUGCGAGCCGUGUUCAAGGGCCUGGACGUCGUUCUGGUGGACGCCUGGCAGAUGUGCGUGGCGCACCGCCUUCCUCACCACCUGCACCCUCCUACGGCCAUCGUCAAGAGCAUGGUGGACAUGAUGUUGUCCCACGUCUGCCGUGAGGGAACCGGGAACAUUGGGUGAUUUUUCAUAAAUCGGACCUGGUUGAACGUCCGGAAGAGUGCCAAGGCCUCACAGGUUAGGCAUGAAUGGGUUGUAUUAUUUAAAAAAAAAAAAGAAAAAAAAUGCGUAUUUUUUUUAUUGCAUAAAAUGGCGAAGAAUGUAUUGGUAUGAUAUUAUCCUCUUAAUAGUAAUAAUAAUACAUAAUUUUGCACAAUCAAUUGCAACUUAAUGAGGAUAAAAUAUUCCGGUAUUAUGAAAAUGGACAGUAUUAGCCUAUUUAAAGACAACUUUAGUCUCAGUAGCAGUGUUUUCAUUUUAGUUUGGGAUUGGUACACGGUACACCCAGCAAGCUCCUGUUCAAACUUGCUGCAUAGCUGGUUAAAACAUGACAGCAAAAUAUAGCACAUUAAAAAAAAAUAAUAACUGACUGCUAGUUUGCUAACAUGCGGACAAAGAGAAUGACAACUUGCCAAGUUUUCCUUUGCCAUUUUUUUGAGGUCUGCCUCAUCUCAGCACUCAAAAUUCUACAACUUGUUGUGCUGCAAAAUUUGAAUUUAUUGGACCUUUCCGACUUGCGACCUUGACCCCCCCCAGCCAUGUCCAACAAGCUUCCAAAAUGGCGACUGAACACAACAGGUUUGAAGUGGAUUCUCUAACACGUAUUCCAGUUAAUAUUGCGGUAUGUUUUUUUUUGGGCAAAUGCAUCCAAUGUCCAAGACAGUUCUACAGAGAGGUCUCAACUAUUUCACGCAAGGAUACGUACACGAAAUUAUGAUUGUGGACGGAGCGGGGCGCAAUGUCAGAGUUACAGCGAAAUGUCGGCGAUCGUUGCAAAAAACAUUUGACGGCUCACAAACUUCAUAUUGAAAUCCAACAGGAUAAAAUAGUGGAAUCGUAGUGCGCAUGUAAAGCAGGGAGAGUCCUUUUUACUCGGCUUUACUUGACUUGGCUCGUAAUCGAACCCAGUGCUCUGUCUUUAAAGUCCGAUGCGAUACAAAUAGGCAAAUGGACAUUUCUCUUGCAUGACAUUGCGCAUUUACGCGUCACUCACCCGACUCUUCGGCAUAAAACGUGACACACUUCAUUCAGCAGGUCAGUGAUGCACUAACAAAGUGAAAGUUGUUCUCCUGCAAUGUAUAAAGCACUGAUAAUAAUUCAAUCAAACUCAGAGAAGAUACUUCUCCAUCGCUUACCAUAUUGUCCACAUUUAGUUGUACGUGCGCUCUUCCGCGAGCCUUAAUCCACCGUAGACGCUUCGUCAACUGUGUUUUCGGCUUUGGAAAAUGAAUCAAGCGGGCAGGAUAUCUGUGAGGACCAUUUCCUUCGUAACAUUAACAUUUCCAAGCGCACACUACUGUCAACCAACAUUGCUUGUGGGACAAUACGGCGAGAGGGGCGUGUCAGGCCAGGGGUGAAGACAAUGCGGCUAUCUGAUUGGCUAUUAUUGUACGAGUGAUUGACAGGUCGGAAAGGUCCAUUAGCACGUGGAGCUUGUGUGCGAUGUCAAGACUUGAGCUCAUUCUUCACCGCGUGUUGCCUUGUUCUCCACGAAGUGCGCACCGCUCGCUGCACGACGCCGUGUAUUUUCCCUGCUUCUUGCCUUGGCGGAGAUUUGAAUUUUACAUUUGUUUGUAUUUUAUUUGUCACAGGCCAUUUUUUUUUCUACAGAUGCACUGAACCUGAUUUAUUGCAGGGAAUAUGAUAUGAUGAAUAUCUGCACAACUGAGUGAAAAUAAAGAUUUCAGAGAAACUACUUCCACCAAUUAUAGUCCCUGCAUAACUUGUAGUCAUGAAAAUCAUCCAUCCAUCCAUUUUCUUCGCCACUUAUCCUCACAAGGGUUGCGGGAAUGCUGGAGCCUAUCCCAGCUGUCAACAGGGGCAGGAGGCGGGGGACACCCUGAACUGGUCGCCAGCCAAUCGCAGGGCAUAUGGAGACGGUCACUCACAAUCACACCUAGGGGCAAUUUAGAGUGUCCAAUUAAUGUUGCGUGUUUUUGAAAUGCGGGAGGAAACCGGAGUACCUGGAGAAAACCCACACAGGCACGGGGGAGAACAUGCAAACUCCACACACGCGGGUCCGGGAUCGAACCAGGGACCUCAGAACUGUGAGCCCAACGCCUUCCAUCUGAACCCUGAUGAAAAGAGAUAUUUUAUUGUUUGAUGGCUACAUUAAUUGCAAAAACUCAAGCGUUGGCGAAAUCUACAGUAUUACUGAUUGUAUUAUAGCCAAUUUUCCAAUUAUUAACCAUAAAUUGAUGUUUACUUUGUAUGUUUUCUUUUGUAAUACCUUAACGUGAAUUAUUUUUUUUUUUUUAAAGACCUCUGCA